CUUUUCUCCAAAUUCCCAAGUGUCUAAAACUCUUUCUCGGUCUGCUAUCGUUAGGGGCUUCUCUUCGACAAGGUCUUACGAGUAUCAAAAGCUAUGGCGGACAGAUAUUCAUUCUCCUUGACCACGUUCUCCCCCAGUGGAAAGCUGGUACAAAUUGAAUAUGCUUUGAAUGCUGUCAACCAAGGUGUUACUGCGCUGGGUAUUAAGGCUACAAACGGCAUUGUCCUGGCUACGGAAAAGAAGUCAUCCUCGCCCCUCAUCGAUCCUCCUUCCCUCUCGAAAGUCAGUCUCAUCACCCCAAACAUUGGCAUGGUCUACUCGGGAAUGGGUCCAGAUUACAGAGUAUUAGUCGACAAGGCACGCAAAGUAUCGCACACCGGCUACAAGCGAAUCUACAAUGAAUACCCACCAACGAGGAUAUUAGUGCAGGAUGUUGCAAGAGUCAUGCAGGAGGCUACUCAAUCAGGUGGUGUACGGCCAUACGGUGUCAGUCUGUUGAUUGCUGGAUGGGAUGAGGGUAUUGAGCCGGAGUCCGAGCAAGCAGCAACAGCUGAUACGCAUCCUGACGAGAAGAAGCCUUCGGGCAAGACCGGUGGAAUUCUGAAGGGAGGUCCUAUGUUGUACCAGGUCGAUCCCAGUGGUAGCUACUUCCCAUGGAAGGCGACGGCUAUUGGCAAGAGUGCGACAUCUGCAAAGACAUUCUUGGAGAAGAGAUACACAGAGGGAUUGGAGCUGGAAGAUGCAGUCCAUAUUGCGCUGUUGACUCUGAAGGAGACGAUCGAGGGUGAGAUGAAUGGCGAGACAGUAGAGAUUGGAAUCGUUGGCCCACCAGCUGAUCACUUGCUUGGCGUUGAAGGAGUUGAGGGUGCUCAAGGACCAAGAUUCAGAAAGCUCAGCCCUCAAGAGAUUGAGGAUUACCUUACGAAUCUAUGAUUUUCUCUUCAGCAAUGCAUCUGGUAAUUUCAACGUUGUGCGAUCAUGGGCACGGUGUACUAUAGAAAUGGCAUAAGAAGACAAAAUGAAAGAAAUGAGAUACCAAGAUGGCGGAUUGUCAGGUUCCUAUGUGAUUUCUUCGACUAUCACCAGACUAUUCUUAUAUCCUGCAUGAACGCUAGCGAUCCGCUGACUAUCCUUUAAAGGCAGGAUAACCUGUUUCCAAGUCG